AAAACUUCUAGAAUAUACGAUUCCGUAGGAAAGGGUAAAACCUCUAACCCUAGUCGCUGCUCUUUUUUUUUCUUCGGUACAGGAACGGCGAAGGGAUGGAGUGAACGACUAUAAUCGAAAUAAUCUUCAAAAUCAAAGGAAUCGACAUGAAAGAGUGGAACGGCCGACGAAGAACAACUCAGACGUCCAUUAAUUGUGAAUGUUUCUGUGUACGUGACUUGAAUCUGGCUACUUUUUGUUGGAUGAAUAUGUUGAAGAGGUUAUAUUUUCUGAAUGUCUGCAGCAGUAACAUAUAUUCAACUCAAGGCUUGCAAUGUGCAUCUACAAGUCAACAUUUUGAGGGUAGAUUGAAUGCUUUUCUCGAGUCCAAGGGUGAUUUCGUCACUUUCAAACAAUUGGUGGAUACUUUAAGACCACAUUAUCUCUUUUUCAGUAAUUCUGAAAGUCUCACAGGGUUAAUGCUUGUUGUGAGCUCUCAACUACGUCCACGUGAAAUUGAAGUAGUUUUGAAGACACAUGUGAGAGUGGUUAGCAUAAUAUUCGGAUGUGAUAGAUCAUCUGACUACAUCAUUCUGAAUAACCUGUAUUUGGGUUUAUGGGAGCUUUGUUGUCUUUCUAGGUCUGAUUGUGGACAUUUUCCAGAGGCUGUUGCCAUGCCAAAAUUUAGGAAAGACAAGCUGGUUGCAGAAGCGAUACGUAAACUCAAGAUGCGUGCAAAAAUGGUAAAUGACAUUAGAGAUUUUCUUGAGAAAAGUGAUUUCAUGGAGUUUGAAAUUUUGAUGAUGGAGUUGAUAAUUGUUGGGGAUUUAAAGAAGCUUGUUGAUGGUGGAGUGAAGUGUGCAUUUGAGUUUGUAAAAGUGAUUAUGACCGAAGGGAUUGAUUGGACAAAUAUUAACUGUGGAUUUUAUAUGGUUGAUGCUGACUAUGAUGAAGAGGAUGACUUGUAUACCACAUUAGGUGAUGAGGGCUGGAUUAACCUUGUGGUAAGAUAUGCAGUGGUAACAGGCUCAAACAAAGGGAUAGGAUUUGAAGUUUGCAAGCAAUUGGCUUCAAAUGAGCUUGAUGUUACAGAUCCUGCUAGUGUUGCUUCCUUGGCUCAAUUUGUUAAAAAAAAGUUCGGAAAACUUGAUAUCUUGGUGAACAAUUCUGGGAUUUGUGGAGUUUGGGGAAAUGAAGAAGCUAUUAGGGCUUCAACUGAAGAUUUGGGUCUAUAUGGAUGGAACCAGAAAGUGAUAGAGUCUCAUGAGUUGGCUGUAGAAUGUCUGGAAACAAACUACUAUGGAGCAAAAAGAAUGGUUGAACAUUUCAUUCCACUUCUAGAAUUAUCAGAUUCACCAAGGAUUGUAAAUGUCUCCUCUUCCUAUGGAAUAUUAAAGAAUUUGGAGAAUGAAUGGGCUAAAGGGAUACUGAGUGAUGUUGAGAAGUUAACAGAAGAGAAAACAGAUGAAGUGCUUAAUCAGUAUCUGAAUGAUUUCAAAGAGGGGUUGUUGGAAAGCAAAGGGUGGCCCACUACAUUGUCAGCAUAUAUGAUUUCAAAAAUAGCCAUGAAUGGUUACACGAGGAUAUUGGCCAAAAAACACACAAGUUUUUGCAUCAAUUGUGUGUGUCCAGGAUAUGUUAAGACAGAUAUUAACUAUAAUAAUGGCAUAUUAAGUACUGAAGAAGGAGCUAAAACCCCGGUUAAGGUUGCAUUGUUUCCCCAUGGUGGUCCUUCUGGAUGCUUCUUUGAUAGAGAUGGUAUCUUGUCGUUCUAAAUAAAUGUUGGAGGGUGUAUUAUGUAUUAUGAUGAUGAUACAUGGCUACUUGCUAGUGUAUGAUGUAUUAUGAUGAUGAUACAUGUCUACUUGUUAGUGGAUGAUAUUUGGUGAUAAAUGUAUCAACUAUUGGUGG